AUAGAGUUCCAUUUCAUAUGAGCUUCUUGUGUAAAAUUACAAUCUCAACAUAUUUCAUAAAAAAAAUUAUGAUUCCAAUUAUCCCAAUUAAUAGGUUCUUAAAUCACCCUUUAUUAUGGAGAUUUACAGGCUUCAUAUCAAGUAUAAUUGGACUACUCUGUUACGCACUAAGCUCCUCUUUCAAACAUCUAUUUGGAGAAUGGAAUUUACCAAAGAUUUUUCUCUAUGUAAUUGUAAGUUUCAUCACGUGUAGCAUUAUGUUACUCGCAAAGAAAUUCCAACUAUCAAGGAGUCUAAUAUUAAAAGCUCACACAGCGUUUUUGGUUCUUAUGCUAACUUCUGUUUACUCAUUUUUCUACGACAAAAGAGUGAAUGGAAAAUCAGAUGUAUUGGGUUUGAUUUCGUGUGUUGCUUUUGCUUUGAUGUCAUUAAGUUUGUCGAGACAAAUUGAGAUUGGAUUUGAGGUUGAGUUGCUUAAUUUUUUUCUUGGAUGUCUUACGGUGCAGCUUAUGAAUUUUAAUUUGAUGUUUGCUUCUAUUGGAGGUGUGUUUUGUUAUUUUGUUAUUGUUUUUCGGGCUUAUUUGGAUUCACAACAAGAGGGAAUUGGGACUGUUGAUGCCACUGUUUCUGAUCAUGUUGCCAUAGAAAUGGAUGGUGUGGCAAUAAAUGACAAUCACCACCAAGAGUUAACCUCGUUGCGCAAAAGGCAUAUAGUUACAUGUGCUCCAGACGAGAUGCACCCAGGAAAGAGUUUAGCUGCUUACGAGGAAUUUGUUGAUGUUGCACAACGUGUACGAGCUGCAUUUAGAGAACACACAGAAAAAGAAAUAAAGGAAUUUAAGUUUUUCAGCCAAGAAAAUGAAGCACGUAAGAGAAUUGCUGCAAUUAAGAUUCAGCAUGCCUUUCAUAACUACAAAGCAAGGAAGAAGAUUAAUGCUGCUAUUCGCAUCCAACGUAGCUUCCGUGCAAGAAAUGUUGGCAAAAUUAUCACAUCGUCUAAUAUUAUUAAGAAAGAGGGAAAGUUGGGUACUGCUGUUGCUGUUGCCAAGGAGGAUAGGACCAAGGUGAGGGAGCGAUGGGAGAUCGAGACUAAGGUGCACUGCGAUUACCACGUCUCCAUCCGCGACCCUGGUUGCCAUGGGAGCGAGAACGGUUGUCGGGGCGGCGGUUGCCACGCUGAGAGGUGCGACGACGACGACGCGAACAAAGGCGAAAGGCGAGAGAAUAUGGUGGUUCUCGUGUUUGGCGGCGGCGGUACAGAGUACAUUAGUCCUGUUGCGGCGACAGACUUCAAGGAGGGAGAAGAAGCAUGCGGCGGCAAACUGAAUGAGGGAGAAGAAGAAAUGUUUCGUUCCCAUUUGCAGCUUCUUUUUUCCUCAUUACAUGAGAUUAUCGAUAAACUUGCAUUCAUAAAAAUGUCUGAAAACGGAGAAGAGAAAUUACUCGCUAUGGCACGUCACAUAGCAAAAACGCUAGGCCAUAACAACAAUGUUAUGGCUGAUGACAUUCUCCAAAUAUUCUCGAAUUUCGAUGGAAGAUUCUCGAAGGAAAAUCUUUCCGAGAAAGUCGCGGUUGCAGAUACAGAUCCCAGAACCUGCGCCGCACUGGAUCACUGCCUCAAAGCCCUCGACCGUCGCAUCUCUCACUACGUCUCCUCCGAUCACCCUAUCUGGGCGGAUUCCGCUGACGCCGAGGCUUUCCUUGAAGCCGUUGACGACCUAAUCGCCUCCGUCGCAGAGUGGAACCACCUCACCGCGGAUAAAUCCAUCGCAACGUGUCUUGCACGCGCUGAGGAUAUGCUCCAGCACGCUAUGUUCCGUCUUGAGGACGAGUUUCGCUCUCUCAUGGAACGCGGUGGUGAGUCGUUUGACCUAACUGAGAAUUUACCGUUUGAAUCGGAAGAAGAAGAUGAAGAAGUUAGGGACGGUGAAGAAGAAGAGGAUCUAAUUCCUGUUGCCAUGCCGGUAACCGAUUACGACAUCGUGAUUGAUGCUUUGCCGUCGGCGACGAUUAACGACCUUCACGAGAUCGCAAAGCGAAUGGUUGCUGGUAGUUUUGGAAAGGAAUGUUCGCAUGUUUACAGUAGUUGCCGGAGGGAGUUCUUGGAGGAAAGCCUCUCGAGAUUAGGGUUACAGAAACUUAGUAUCGAGGAUGUUCAGAAGAUGCCAUGGCAGGAUAUCGAAGAUGAGAUUGAAAGAUGGAUUAAAGCUUCCAAUGUCGGUCUCAAGAUACUUUUCCCCAGCGAGCGACGACUCUGUGAUCGCAUCUUCUUCGGAUUCUCCUCCGCCGCGGAUUUCUCCUUCAUGGAGGUUUGCAGAGGAUCCACCGUUCAGAUGUUGAAUUUUGCUGACGCUGUUGCCAUCGGAAGCCGUUCGCCUGAUCGGUUAUUCAGAAUCCUCGACGUGUUUGAAACAUUGCGUGACCUAAUUCCAGAAUUUGAGGUUUUAUUUUGUGAUCAGUAUAGCAUGUCUUUAAGGAAUGAAGCAUUGACGAUAUGGAAGAGGUUAGGGGAAGCAAUUAGAGGCAUUUUCAUGGAAUUGGAGAAUCUAAUUCGCCGAGAUCCAGCUAAGGCGGCAGUUCCUGGUGGUGGACUUCACCCGAUCACCCGAUAUGUGAUGAACUACCUCCGUGCUGCAUGUCGGUCGCAGCAGACAUUAGAGCAAGUGUUUGAAGACUACGGACAUCCACUAAAGGAAUUUCCAAAAAUUGAUGAUAGAAUGCAUUCAUCUUCCUCUUUGUCAGUGCAAAUGGAUUGGAUUAUGGAGCUAUUAGAAAGCAAUUUGGAAGCCAAAUCCAGAAUCUAUAAGGACCCUGCUUUGUGCUAUGUUUUCUUGAUAAAUAACUGCAAGUACAUUGUUCAAAAGGCUGAAGAUAGUGAAUUAGGAGCACUUUUAGGAGAUGAUUGGAUCAAAAAACACACUGCAAAAAUUCGGCAGUAUCUUAUGCAGUAUCAAAGAAGCUCAUGGAACAAGGUGUUUGGGUUUCUAAAGAUGGAGAACAGUGACUCAAUACCACCUAAUGCCAUAGCAAAGUCUAUGAAAGAGAAGCUGAAAUCGUUCAACAUGGUGUUUGAUGAGUUAUGCAGGGUUCAAUCUUCAUGGUUUAUCUUUGAUGAACAGCUUAAGGAAGAAAUAAGAAUUUCCAUUGAGAAACUGUUGUUACCAGCUUAUAGGAAAUUCAUUGGGAGGUUUCAGAGUGUUGCUGAAGUUGGUAAGAAUACUGAUAAGUAUGUUAAAUACGAAACAGAGGAUAUUGAAGUGAAACUCAACGAUUUGUUUCAAGGAAGCAGUGGAUCAACUGGUAGCAGAAAACGCAGCUAGAGGUGUAUGUUUUAUUGUGUAUUGUGUAGCUGUAAUACAAAGUUUUGAGGGUAGUUGUAAAAGAUGUAUGAUCUUGUAUACUAGUAGAGUAUACAUAUUACUAUAUAUUGUUCUGCUCAGCAUCAUUAUGGUGAUCGAAAAUGUUUUGCAAUUGUUGAGACUUGAAAAUCA